UUUAUAUUUAUACCCAUUCCAUUCAAUUGCAGAUUGAUUUGGCAACAAUGGGCGGCGACGGUGGUGGUUUUUGACUUCGAUCGAACCCUAAUCGACGACGACAGCGACAGAUGGAUCGUGACCGAAAUGGGUCUGACCCAUCUCUUCAACCAACUUGGGCACACCAUGCCUUGGACCUCUCUCAUGGACAGGAUCAUGCAGGAGCUCCACUCUCACGGUCACGGCAUCACCACCCAACACCGCUUCAGCCAUCAAAUCUCAUUUGCAGCUGCGAUUUGAGGAUAAUCAGUGACGCCAAUUUGUUUUUCAUUCGGACCAUUCUCGAACACAAUGGCUUAUUGGGUUGCUUUUCGCAUAUCAAUACAAACCCAGCUUUUGUAGAUAAUGAAGGACGCCUUCGCAUCACUCCCUUGUCGCCUCACGCUUGCCCCCUCUGCCCUCCCAAUAUGUGCAAGGGUUUAGUGAUGGACCAAAUUCGAGGUUCUUUACCUGGAAAUGAAAGAAGAUUCAUCUACCUUGGAGAUGGAAUGGGUGAUUAUUGCCCGACUUUGAAGCUGAAGGGAGAUGAUUUUGUGAUGCCAAGGAAGAAUUAUCCUCUCUGGAACCGGAUUCACAGUGACCCAAAACUAGUUGCUGCAGAAGUUCAUGAUUGGAGCAAUGGGGAGGAGUUGGAGAGCAUUCUACUAAAUCUUAUCAACAAAUUAACCCCCACUAAUGGUGAAGGACCCCCCCCCCCCCCUUCCCAUGUAGGUUACCAAUGCUCUAGCUCCCAAGAGACCCAAUAAAGGAAGCUCCAUUAAACUCAAAUGAAUAUUAUUACUUUGAGAGGGUUCUGUACUCCGGCCAAGGUGCAUUCCUCUCUCACAAUUUCUCUUCAUACAUUCUCUCUACCUGAUAGCAAUUAUACGAUUGAUCAUUGUUAGUGGAAGUCCACCAAACUUGCAUUGUUCCCCAAUCCCCAUAUGUAACUGAUCGAUUUGAUUAUUGAACAGAAGAUAGAUAGUUAAUACUCAAUGCUGCAGUUCCAUGAGAAAAAUAGAACCCUGUUUUGGUUUUCAA